AUGAAAAAAAGAACCCUUCAGGAUUUGUCUAAAGAACAAGACCAGAUUAAUUCAUCUUACAUAGAGAUCAAUACAGUUCAGAAGGAAUUGUAUUUAGAAAAUCAAAAAAGAAUAAAAGAAAGAUAAAAAGACAAGGACCAAAUAGUAGUCAUUGAAGAUGAUGAAAUCAAGUAACAAACUGAAGAAAAGCAAGUCAAAUUAUCAUUUCCUGUAGGAACAUUUUGUUUGAAUUGUCUGACCUAAUAUCCUUAAGAUGAAAGAAAACCACAUCACUUGCCAUUUAUUAACAUCCUUUACGAAAAUGCAUAUAUCGAUGUCAAAACUUAGAAACCAAAAAAAACAUUGGAGAGUGCUCUUAUGACUUGUUUCGGAUUUGAAGACCAAUUAUUAGAACCCAUUGUAAAAUCCGGUGUUGAUCUCUACAUUGUGAAUGACAAUGAUAAUUUAAACAAGAAACUUGAAAUAAUUGAAAAGUAUAACAAUUAUCCAAAUUGGAUGGUCAUUAAGCCAUCUAAAUUAGGUUCAUGUAUGUUUGGCGGUGCCUUUCACCCUAAAAUAUGGAUUCUAAAAUUUCCUAAAUUUAUUCGGAUUGUCAUCGGAAGUUAAAAUUUGCAUGUUGGAGAUUGGACAAUAUGGUCAUAAGCAAUGUGGAUAUAGGACUUUAAAAUAGGAAAAAGUGAAUUAGACUAAGGUUCAUAAGAGUUUAAGACUAUGCUAAGAGAAUUCCUAUAUGAAAUAUUGCCUACAUCUCACAAAUUCGAAGAUCUCCUUAAAAUUAAAUAUGAUGAUUAUGAUUUCAAAGAUGUAAAUAUCAAACUCAUCACAUCCAUCCCAGGCAGAUUUGUAGGCAAUCAAUUAUUUAAAUAUGGUAUGAUGAGACUUCAGUCAGUCUUAUACUAUGAACUUUGUAAUAAUAAAAUGGAGAUCCCUAAAUAAGUUUGUGUCACAUAUUAAACUACUAGCAUAGGGUAAUUAGAUGACAAUUAUAUUGAUUUCGCUUUAUAAUGUUGUACAGGCAAAGUGUAUAAGCAACCUUUGGCAAGUGAAUAAAAUAACAAAAAAUUAAAUUAGAUGAUUCUCAAUCAAUAAGAGGAAGAACAAUCAAAAUUGAAAUUAAUCUACCCAACGGCAGAUUAUAUUGAAAACUAAACUCAUGGAGGAGUUGACUUUGCAAAUCCAUUGUAUUUAAAGAAGCAAUUAUAUGAAAAUCCUAAAUUCCCCAAGCAUCUAUUUUAUAAAUACUAAGGAUCAGAUCAUUAUUAUUGGCAUACCGGUAACAUUCCCCAUUUAAAAGUAAUGAUUAUUACAGGAUUAGAUGAAGAGAUAAAUGAUUAUACCUCUAUUUAUAUUGGGAGUCAUAAUUUUAGUUAAGGAGCUUGGGGGAAAAUGGAAAAAAAUGCAACUUAAUUAUACAUAGCUAAUACAGAAUUAGGUGUUUUAUAUCCUCCAAAAAAAAAUUCAGCUUAACUGAAAUAAUAAAUUAUAGAAUAACUUUCAUUUAAGUUUCCUCCUUUAAAAUAUGAAAAAGAUGAUCAACCUUGGAUUAAUGAAGCAUACUAUGAAAGAUUGUACAAAGAAUACUAGUAAUAAAAAAAAUGAUAUUUUUUCUUUAUGUUAUUAAUAAAUACAAACAUUCCUUAUUA